CAUAAUUGAUCUGCAAAUCGACAUAAAUCAACCACAGAAUCUGCGAGGAAAGGGGGGAAACGACUGAUAGAGAGAGAAGUCAUGCCACAGUUAAAAGCUGCUUUAGCCAUCAUUCAACGUUAACGCGCGAAUGGGAAAUGCAAACGCAAACAGCUGAUUUAUUGGCAAUAACCAAAUUCAGAGACGAGUCGAAUUCGUUCCACAGGGGGUUCAAACCUUCAAGGCAAUCCCAGAAGGCUGUGUGCCGUGCGUGAAUCCCUCAACGAGUGCCAACCAAAUAGAAUAUUUCGACUGAGGCAAAAACGUCAAACAGGUAUUAGAAUGAACGUAGCCACCAGAAAAGCCACAGCGCCAAAGGGACACAAAGCCAAAAAGCUACAUUCGUCGCCGUCCGGACAGAUGGGCGAUCGGUUGCAGGCGGGGUCUCGCGGGGUCUGGCGGAACUUUGCUCCGGCCAGCACUAGCAGCAGUCCCGGGAGUCUGGGGGAUCUGCCGUACGACAAUCCCGCACACUUUCCGCCCCUGGAGGAGCCACGGCACGCAUCGAAGCGGCGGCAGCAGUCCAAAUCGUCGUCGGGCACCGGGGAGCAGCCUCCAUUGGCACGAACUCUGCUGCCCCAUUGGGUGCGUAUGAAGGACAGAAUUUGGCAGGACAGCGUCACCAGCAACAGCAAAAGCAGCAGCAAGCCACCCGUGCCGCACCAGGAGGCGGCAACGGCCACGGCAACAGAAAGAGCGCUAGAUGAGAAUGAAUUUGAGACGGCGCCCAAGCCCGUGACCACUCAGACGGCCCGAGUGCUCGCCAGAAAGGGACCCUUUGGGGCCUCGUCCGCGAGGAGCGAGAGGGCACCGCUGGAUGCCCGCUGCAUGAAUCUGGUGUUCGAGAGCUUCGGCAUGAUCGGGAUCUCCACGCAGGCGGACGAUCCGCAGGUGACCGUCAAGCGGUCGCCGAAAUUCCGGCUGACAUCGGAGCAAAAGCAGCGACUGCACGAUGCCAUCGAGGAGGAGGCGAAUGGGCGGGUGCUGGAUGCCCUCGAAAGGGUCAUACAGGAGAUACGCGACGAAAUCGAUGAGAUGUCCCACCACAUGAUGUCGGAGAUGUCCGCGGGGAGCGAGGAGUCAUCGGAGCCGCCUUCGGGCAUCUUCGAUCACUCAAUGUGGACCGGGUGCACCUCAACGCCGAACAACAAGCCGGCAAACGAGUGCAGCUCCCCGAAGAUUCGCAGCUUCGCGAACAACAAUUUUAAGGACACUUAUGACCACAGCUGGACGACACGUCCGCACACCAUCAGGACCAAGUCUCACGGCGCCUGGAAUGCCAAGGAAAGCGACUCCGAUGCGCCGAAGGCAUCGUCCAACGCAGGAGGAGCCCGAUCCGUGGGUGGCUAUCCGGGUGUGAGUGAUCGCUACAUUUUGGACUUUCGUCAGCCGCCAUUCCCGCGCCCUUCCCGGCACUAAUACGAUCCAUAAAAUGUACUUAAAUUCUCAACGUUUUUGAUCAGCAAACUGUCUCAAAUAAAAUGUUGUCGGAGGGCCCAAUGCUCUCAAGGAUA